AUGAUGGAUUUUGAUGCUUCGUCGGACGAGGAGUAUGGACCGACAGAGCUUGAUCAAAUGAUUCAAGAUGAGUUCUUCGAUUCCUCGGAUUCGAACAAAGAAGUGGACAUAAUCAUGCUCAUGAGCAUGCAAGAGAAAAUGGACCGGCAAGUGGAGCAUAUUCUCAACGCCAAUGGCUCAAUCAAAGGGAGGAGAGUGAUCAAUUGGGAUAGCAUGUCCGGAGAAAAGCUACUGCACAUGGACUACUUUGCUCCCAAUCCUACUGUCCCGGAUGAUCCAUGGUUUCGUCGCUAUUUUCGCAUGCGAAAACCAUUGUUUUUGCGCAUUGUGAAGGGAGUGGAGGAACACAAGGACUACUUCAAGCUCACAAGGCAUUGUUGCGGACAACUCUCUUUCUUUGCCAAGCAGAAGUGCACGACUGCUCUGAGGAUGCUUGCACUUGGUACUGCUGCAGAUGCCGUUGGUGAGAUGGUCAGGAUGGGGGAGAGCACGUGUCUGAAGACUAGUGUCAAGUUUGCCCGCGCCGUGGUAGAGUUGUUUGGACCUGAGUAUCUUAGAGAACCAAAUGCGCAGGACACAGAGAAGUUGGCUAUUGGAGAGACAAGGGGGUUUCCAGGAAUGCUCGGAUCAAUUGAUUGCAUGCAUUGGCAAUGGAAGAACUGCCCCAAAGUGUCCAGGAGGCUUUGCAAUGGGGAAUCACCGCCAUGCAACUACACCGUCAACAACCGAGACUACAACAUGGGAUACUAUCUUGCCGAUGGAAGCGGCUAG